AUGGGUCUCGGCUCUCGCUCUGUCCGCUCUUCUCCCAUAGCCUACUCGACAAGCAAGCCCAGAGUUGAGUUGCACCCAUCCUUACCACAACUCGACGCCGUCCAAGACUCGGUGGUUUCUGUUUCCACAAUCGCUCCCGUUAUGGCCGACGAGAAGAGGGAUUCCUUAUCGGGUUCCUCCAAGGCUGGAGCCCACCAUACCGAGACACCCGGUAGCGUGCAUCCCAUCCCCACGGGAUCAGUGAGAACCCCCAUGCAAGGCCAAAUACCUGACCACCCAGGUUCGACAUACAUAGAGAGACUGACUAAUCGACCCAGGAAUGGCCAGCCCAUACCACAAUUCGAUCCCAAGGCCGAGGCCAGGCUCCGCAGAAAGCUAGACCUGUAUAUUGUCCCGACCGUCUCACUGCUGUAUCUGUUCUGCUUCAUUGACAGAGCAAAUAUCGGGAAUGCGAAAAUUGCUGGCCUCGAGGCCGACCUGAACCUGAAAGGCUACGAUUACAAUGCGCUCCUAUCCGUCUUCUACAUCUCCUACAUCGUGUUCGAGAUCCCGUCGAAUAUCAUGUGCAAGUGGGUUGGGCCAGGCUGGUUUAUCCCGGCCAUCUCGCUCAUGUUUGGCAUCAUCUCCCUGGUUACCGCCUUCGUGGACAACUUUGCCCAGGCUGCCGGUGUCCGUUUCUUGCUCGGCGUCUUUGAGGCCGGUAUGAUGCCGGGUAUCGCCUAUUACCUCUCUCGCUGGUACCGCCGUUCCGAGCUCACCUUCCGCCUGUCACUCUACAUCGUCAUGGCGCCCAUGGCCGGUGCUUUUGGUGGCCUCUUGGGUAUCAUCACCAUCGGCCUGUCCGUCAUCAGCUUCUUGACCCUCACCGACCGGCCCGAAACUGCGAGGUGGCUCACGGCAGAGGAGAAGGAGCUGGCCAUCGCCCGCGUCCGGUCGGAGCGCGUGGCCACCACCGAGGUUCUCGACCGCAUGGACAGCAAGAAGCUCAUGCAGGGCAUCCUCAGCCCCGUCACGCUGUCGACGUCGUUCCUGUUCCUGCUCAACAACAUCACCGUCCAGGGGCUGGCCUUCUUCGCGCCCACCAUCGUGCGCACCAUCUACCCGGACAAGUCGACCGUCAUGCAGCAGCUGUUCACCGUACCCCCCUACGUCGUCGGCGGCUUUUUCACGCUUGCCCUGCCGCUGCUCAGCUGGUACCUGGACAAGCGCCAAAUCAUCAUGAUCCUGAGCACGCCGCUCGUCAUCGCCGGCUAUAGCAUAUUCCUGGGCACCACCAACCCCUCCGCCCGCUACGCCGCCACCUUCCUCCUGUCCAGCUCGCUGUUUGCCAUGGGCCCCCUGGCCAACUCUCAGGUCAGCGCCAACGUUGUUUCUGACACGGCUCGGUCUAGUGCGAUCGGGUUGAAUGCUCGACGCCGCGAACGCUAA